UCUCGCUGACACGAGGGGAGAGCGCAGGUCUCGUGACACGGCGUUGCGGCGUUCCGGCUCUCAAGCUGUGGUGUUUUCGCUCUACAUGAGGGGUAGAGCACUCAUCACGUUUCUCAAGGACUUGUGCCUGAUAAGCUGAGGUCGUUGCGAUAUCUGCAUUCUGCACGCGUUGCGCUCACGGAUCGGGGAAUUUAUCGCAAGUCGCUAGUUGUCUCAAAUGCACAGUGCCGACCAGUUCCUGCGGGAUCAACAAUAGUCACUGUGCCAAUGGAUUCCGAACAACUUUUUACAACCAAGGCAGAGCUCCCAGAGACAUCGAGCACAGCGGUUGUCACAAUGGAUCCUGAAUCGUCUGCUCCAGCCACGAAAGCUUCGCAAACCCGGGCCCGGAUGACUUCUCGGACUCUGACAUCUCAGAAGACUGCUCCAACUCGGACAGCCCAUUCCCAAAAUCGCCCCAAAAAAAAAGGUCUCUCAAAAACGUGGAAGCCUUAUCUUGAGCAGUUCACCUUGUUCCCAAAACUACCAAUUGAGAUCCGCCAGGCUACCUGGAGGUUUACUCUCCAACCUCGGGCUGUCGAAAUCGCCUACACCUAUAAUCACGGGUACUAUUCUCACGUCGGGAUCCCAGUAGCUCUGCGUGUCAACAGAGACUCCCGCAAUGUAGUCAGCUUGCUCUACCCUCUCUGCUUCGGCAGCAUCCUCCACCAGCCAAGAAUUGUGUUCAACUUCUCGAUGGACACGCUAUGCUUUGAUGAGAUGAUCUGGACCGAGCUCCCUAAAUUCCUUGUCAGUCUCGGGGAUGUCGAGUUGAAACAGAUUCAAUCUAUCGCGGUCGACCGUUUCAUCGACGAGGCCCGCAAAUGAGACGACAUGGGCUAUAACUUCUAUGACAAUAUGGACUGCUUAAAGAUGGCGGUUGCUGCGAUGCCUGCCCUC